UAGAAUUGCCAUGACGACCGCAGCACGCCAGGAGGGCCUGUUGCUCGGCAACCACCUGUAAACAACCCCAGCUGCGCCGGACCGCAGAGAGAGAAUGGACUGGGGCAUCCGGAACCGAGGCGAAAUGCAAAGACUGGAGCGGGUCUGUUAGUUUUAGCAGCAGCUGCUUCGUAUUUAUUAUUUUUUCGCUUGAAAGGAUGUCGGCUCUUUCGUCAUUCGCGGAUACCCCCACUGCGCAGCCCGGCGAGGAGGAACGGUUAUCUCGGGCUUUCUUAAAAGACAGGCGCGCCGAGAAGGCGUUGCUUUGGGCCACAGAGUACCUGAAUGAGGAGGGGCACGGCUCUCUGCUCCCAAUGACCAGGAAGGUCAUGCUACAGAUCUGCAGUGACCCCACGCUGACCCUGGAUUACCUCCCGACCCUCGGGCUCCCAGAAUUCACCAGGAGCGCCACGGAGCUGGCGCUGGGCAGAGACAGUCCAGCCAUACGGGAAAACAGGGCGGGAGGAGUGCAGACAUUGGGUGGGACCGGUGCAAUACGUCUAGGGGCGGAGCUGCUGCAGUGCUGGUACAAUGUGGGCGGGGCCAGGUGUGGACCGGUGUACCUCUCCUCUCCCAGCGGGGGAUCUGUGGCCGCUACUCUGCAGGGGGCUGGGAUCAGAGAUAUCCGCUCCUAUCGAUACUGGCACCCUGACAAGAAGGACUUUGCUGUGGAGCCCCUACUGCAGGACCUAGAGGACGCUCCGGAGCAGUCUGUCAUCGUGCUCUAUGCCUCGGCUCACUGUCCCACAGGGGCUGAACCCUCCCACUCUGACUGGAAGCAGAUUGCAGAGGUCAUGAUGAGGCGCCGGCUCUUUCCCUUCUUCCUGCUCCCCUCUCAGGGUCUGUGUUGGGGAGACCCUGCACAGGAUGCCUGGUCUCUGCGCUACUUUGUCUCGCUCGGGUUCGAGCUGCUCUGCGCGCAGUCGUUCUCCACAAACUUCGGGCUCUACAGUGAUCGUGUGGGAAGCCUUCUAUUGGUCCUGAAGCAAAGCUCUCUUCUCCUGGCCGUCCAAUCCCAGGCCGCGUCUCUGGUGCGUGCACUGUGGUCACGCCCCCCCGGAGGAGGAGCCAGGCUGGUUACCACGGUGCUCAAUAAUCCCGCCCUCCUGGCAGAGUGGAAGGAGGGAUUGAGAGUGAUGGUGGAGCGAGGGAUGCUGAUCAGAGAGAAACUGAAAGAGAGGCUGAGGAUGCUGGGAAUUCCCGGGUUCUGGGAUCACGUGACCCAGCAGCGAGGGCUGUACUGCUGCACAGGGCUGACUGAGGAGCAGGUGGAGUUCUUGGUCACAAGGUGCCACGUUUACCUGCCGGCCAGCGGGUGCGUGAACGUCACAGCGAUUAGCGACCGCACACUGGACCACGUGGCCGAAUCCAUUUACCUGGCCGUGACCUCCGACCCUGCAAGACUACAGACCCUGACCUUUUGAGACCCCCUAAUCCCGCACCCUCCCCAAACCUGGACUGGCCCCAUCACACUCCGAGGUUUGAAGCCCCCUUUCACUCCAGCGCAACCUUUAUGAAAUCUUCCGGGGGUAGAUCGUGGUUAGCGUUGCAAGAGGUAUGGCAAAGCGUGAUGAACACAUAGAUUGUGGUGAAUGCAUUGUAUUAAGGAUAGAUAAAGCAAGCUUCACAAUUUAAGGAGAUUACACCUCUCUAUAGGCUGCCAUAGGUAGUUUUAAGAUUUACAAUGCAAUGCAAUUUUUUUAUUUUCUCUUAGCAAAAUGGAUUAAUCGAGAGAGAAAGCGGCUGUCUGGCCAAAAACACAGCUGCCUGGCUGCUGGCAGAGAAUUGCAGAGCUGUCCCAGCGCGUGUAUGGCUCUUGAGCCGUACGGGCUUCAUUGCACUGCACAGUAUGGCUCGGGGGCGACGUCUCAAUCUUGUUUAAUGUGUGAUUUAAAAGCAAGAGGGUGAAAAAAAGCGAAGGUACAGCCGAAAUGCAAUAAAACAAAACGUGCUCCGCACACACAUUGUGAAGCGGCUUCUUUUUGUUUCAUCAGGGCGGGGAACAAAACACAACCUUUGCCUCCCUAUUUAAUGUCAGAUCUAGCAAUAACCUAAACCUAUUGACAUGAUACAUUUUUAUCCUGUCUGCAAGUCUAUGUACUGUCCUGUUGAAGAACCUGAUCGAUGCCUUGGCUGUUUUUUUUUUUUUUACCUUGUAAACUUGCACGGCUCUGAUUUUUAACUGCGUUCACCCUUUUCUUUGUACUGUAACAGAUGCAAUAUCGAGCUGUUUGCGUUUGAUUUAAGAGGGCUGUAGGGUCAGUUACUUGGUUUAUAGGUUUUCACAGCAUCAUGGUAGAAACGCUUUUGAUUUCAGGAAAUGCUGUUACUUUUACCUGUACUUGCUGUAUGA